GAGCCUCAGCGACGCCAGCACGUGUGGAACCGCCGCCGGUCCCGCAUUCACGCGGAGAACGCUGAAGUGCGCACAUCCGCUCGGGACGACACCCUUAUUCCAGUGCGUUCGUUCACCAUCGACAGAUCGAUUCAUCGAUCCGUCUGUUUUCGUCGUUCGCGCUAAUCCGUGCGGAGAUCGAUAACUGCGUGUAUCGCGACGCGGUAUUCAUCCAUGCGUGCGUGCGUGCGUGCGUGAUUGCGAAAAAUCAACCAUGCGCCAUUGGUGAUUCCGCGAACUCGUAGGUGCGCGGGUGUUGGCUAUCGAUCCCGGCUGUCCUGCUUUCUUGCGCGUUCAUUGCCGUUUACGUCGUCGUCGGUGCAUCGUACGCGCUCGCCAAUCGCGUUCAUUAGUGUUGUGCCUUAAUAAUAACUAUAUGAGAAUUAAUCUGUGAUUUCUCACAUCGGAGGACAGCCAGAGAACUCUCAUUCCUCCUCGUCCGGCCGAUCGGUAUCAACAGACUUUCGAGAUUAUCGAAGGAUGCUGAAUGCUUGUGGCGACAGCAUGUCGGCACAUUAAUUUCUCUUGUCCUUCAUGGACGAAUACCAUGUCUCUCUAAUCGACGACGCCUGCACUAUUUGGGAAGAUAACGAAAGGAAACAAAAUAUGGCAUUCUACGACGCAGCGACUUCAAGCGAUCUUAAAGAUUUAUGGGAAUCCUAUUUCGCCGAACCGGUAAGCGGCCAAGAUGUCCUUAUGAGCACCAAGGAAGAGGAGUGGGGGAACGUAUUAUGUACGAGGGACACCGUAGUUCUCAGGGAUCGCUUAAUGACCGAUGCUGCCUUAGGUGGACCACGACCGAUAAAAGCCGAACACAGCUACAGUUUACUGACUGCCAGCCCUCCACCGAGCCCAGCAACGCCAGGAGCUAAUCCUUAUACGCCCAAUUCAGGUUCCUCUUCGGAAAGUGUUGGUUCAACUACGACAAAUACAAAUUCCACCAUAGAUUUUGUUAACCUCGAUCAUAAGUCUCUCGAUAUGGAAGAAGAAUGUUUUCCGGCUAUUUCGAUAAACAGCACUUCUAGCCAUAUUGAAUCGACAUCGUCGCCAUUAGCAUCGUCCACCACCUUGACCGUUGUUCUUAAAAGGGAUAACGUAGUAUCUCAAGAAGAUAACGAAUGUCCUGAAAUCAAGGGCGAACCUAUUAGCGCACCGGCCAGCCCCUGCGCACCUUGUCAGUCGAGUUGCGAUAUGGUUGACGAUAAAAGUACGAUAACAAUACUGUCCCCGCAUACCAUUAACCAUGCCAAAACCCAGAUUUCGCACAUAAGCGAUAGUGAGCAGGAGGACGAGAGUUAUUAUCAGAGCAUGGAUAUAGAGGAUAUGGAUGUAGAAGAGGAAUACAGUGUGGUUUGCAAUGGAAAAGAGGUGUUGUUGAGUGAAGUGAAACAGGGGUUGCCGCCAACACCCCCUAGCAGCGUAAACUCCGACACCGAGAGUAUCGCUUCCGCUUCCUGCUCGCCGAAACGCCGAGAUUCUUCCACGCAGAAUCUCAGGGGAUUGCUGGCGCCGCGACUCUACGUCACCAACCCUGGUGGCACUCACACCACUCGGCAACCCAUUAAUACGCCCUUGAUUUCCAACCAGCCGAAGGGAUCGACGGGAACGUUGGAACUAACGGAAGAAGAAAAGAGAACUUUGGUAGCCGAAGGGUAUCCCGUACCUACAAAGCUACCUCUGUCGAAACAAGAGGAAAAAUAUUUAAAGAAAAUACGCAGGAAAAUAAAGAAUAAGAUAUCGGCACAGGAAUCAAGGAGGAAAAAAAAGGAAUAUUUGGAUAAUUUGGAGAACAAAGUAAAGAAAUUGACAAAUGAAAAUGACUCGUACAAGAAUAAAGUGAGCUCUCUGGAGUACAAAAAUCGCGAGUUACUAAACGAAGUGCGAAAUCUCCAGAUUUUGCUUGGACAAAAACAGUUAUAAAUUUGUCAAUUCUAAAUUCUCAAAUCUACGAUUGCUUCCAAAAUUUUUGGGAAAAGAAUUAAUAACUCACAUAGAAUUGAUAUAAUGUCUUAUAAAAGAAUAAUUAAAUAGCAAUUUUUUAAUUUUAAUCAAGUAAAUUGGAAUGUUACAUAAAAACACUUUGUUUGGACAGAAACAAAUCUACGAUUGUUUCUGUACGAUUGUAGACUACAAUUGUAGUCUACAAUUGUUAAAAUUAGAAAAUUCAGGGUUAUAUUAAUUACCCUUUCCAAAAUUUUUUGACCAACUUGUACGAUAUCAAGGCGUUUAAAUGAUUUGAUUGAAUUGUUUCAAGAACUGAAAAUUUUAAUCGAAGAUCUGGUAUCUUAGAUUAAAAAUUUGGAAAUAUCUUACAUUUGCCAGUUUUUUACGCACUAACAUCGAUUUAUACAUUUCCGUGAAAUUACUCUUCCACAUGCGUAUUUUUGACCAUUAAACUUUUCUUUAUAGAAAUUUGAAGGAACCGAAAGAUAUACCGUUGAUGAUAAACGCGUCUACUUAUCGCUCAGAGAUCAGAAUUAACAAAUAUAUGAAUAUAUUUCUCUAGGGAUUAGUGCAAUUUCUUUACAUUCCUUCCUAAAUGUCUUCCUUCAAUAAGAUGAAACUUUGUACAAUUUAAUGCCGAGAGCUACAAGUUAUUUCAAUUUUUCCUGGCAACAAUUUAAAGCUUAAACGCCAACAUGAUACACAUAUUAUGGCCCUUUACUAAACCAAUAUAUUUUUGCCAGGAGUGCCUUCUCGGGUUUAUUCUUUCAAUUUUUGCAUCACAAAAUGAGGAACAUAUAGGCGACUAAAUUAUUUAUGUGAUUGUACGUAUAAUAUGACGUACGUAUUAGUACGUAUUUCUAAUUUUAAGAAGAAUAUGUACAUCGAGGUAUUCUAAUUCAUCAAGAUGUUGUAAUAUUUUUUAUGAAAAUUAGAAACCUAUCGUACAUUUGCAAGUAUAAUAUUAUUAUGCGUACACAAUCGCGUAAAUAAAUUUGCUUUAUACAUUUUUUGUAUUACAUGUGAAGAGAAUAUACCGAGGUGGUCGAGUGGUUCCUUGUCAUACAAUUCAAUGUAACGCGAAAUAUAAAAAGCUAUUUCGAAAAAGGCACUCAAAUACAAACGAUCUUUUCUUGUUCUCUAGAUUUAUAAUGAAUGACGAAACUAUUUGAGACUCAAAAAAAUAUUUCUGAAGUUGAUAGCGCAUAUAUUAAUAUGAUCUACUUUGACACAAUUUUGUCGAUAAAUAUAUGCGAUUGUGUCUGCACUUAUAUACGAUACGAAAUUAUUAGGCGACCGACAAAGCGUGUGGUUUCGGUGAUAAUAAAUUUCGCGAAAAUUUUCGCGAACUUUGUUACAUACCUGAUAUCAUUGUUUGACAUAUUUUAUAUAAAUAUAUAUGAAGUAUUUAAGAUUGAGUGAUGUUAAGAUUAUCGAUUAUAAUUUAUAUAUCUACAUAAUAUUAAUUAUGUAGAUAUGUUAAUGUUAUUAAUUAUAUAGAUAUGGAUAUAUAAAUUAUAUAUUGAUAUUUUAAUAUCAUCUUAAUAUUAACAUCAUCUUAACAUCUUAAUAUUUCAGUAUCUAUAUUAGCAUUACCAGAGUGCUUUGAAAAAUACUCGAUGCGGUUGAUUCCAACGCAUAUCGUACAAUUAGAAAUGCGAUGUGAAAGUUUUGAUGGGAUCGAUGACUUUUGCAUUUACGUUUUACGGACGAUAUCUAGACUGCAUUCCAAUAUUCACUGUCAGUACUGAUUUAUAAUUCGCGUUACGUACAUUAUAGCAUUUUAAUACUGGCAAUGAAUAUCGAAACGCAGUCCUAAUUGUACGAUAUGCGGUGGAUCAACCGCGUCGAGUUGAUGACGUGCUAUUAUUUUGUAAAGCACUGUUGUUAAUACUAACGGAUAUUGAUGUAAUCGGUUCUAAGAUUAUCGAUGAUAUGCAACAACGAUAAUUUGUUUUGCAUUAAUCUGAAAGCGCGCAACAUUCGUUAAAUAUAUGUUAACGGAUGUAGAAUGUAUUUGGCUCGUUCAGGAUGAAUCGUCCAAGAUAAAUCCGCGUUCGCGAGUCGAUAAAAGUCGAAUAGCGGUCAGGUUUUUUCCGUCGUUAUACACACGGAUAUGCGCUCGAAAGAGUCGUAUCGCAUAUCGAUUUUGAUGCAAAUUAAUGUUUGCAAACAAAGUUGUAUUAUUUGCGAUUUAAGGAAAAUUCCGGCCGAGAAUUAAUCGAUAGUUUAGCGUUAUUGUACGCGGAAAACCCGUCCGGUUCGCGUUAUUAUCGCUAUUAUACAAUUACGACUCUUAAUUGUCUUCUUUGUAAUUUAGUUUCGCGAUUAGUAUAUAGCAGCGCGCGAGAUGCUGCCACACACGACAAUGGCAGAUUUCGCGAUUACUUACUGCAUGAAAGUCACGGAAAGGGACCAAUGCGCGCGAAAGAAGGCUUUCUCUUCUUCUCCCUCUUCCUGCUCUUUCAUUUCACGUAAUUGCCAAAUAGAUAGUAGGAUUUAAUUCUCGUACAGAGUUCGGAAAGUGGUACUCGCAUUAAAUGAUCAUACAUACCUCGCAUGAGUGUCUACAGCACGAGUCGCGAAUUACCAUUGUAUCGAUAUUGUAUCACUUUGAUGCGAAUUAAUGUUAUAGGCGACAUGAUCUUUUCUGUCGUGUGAUUAUAAUAAUUUAGCGCAAAAUGUAUAUGUAUACAGGAUGAUCAUAAGAUUAUUUAAUUAAGAAAAAAAUAUAUUAUUAUUUUACUUUUAACUAGAACAUUGGUAAAUUGACUCUCUCGGCGGUCAUUCGAAUUUAUAAUAGAAUUUAUAAUAGAAUUUCAAAGAAGCAAAAGAAAGUGGAAAGUAAUAGACAUUCCAUUUCGAAUGACAUAACAAAAUGAUCGCGACUGUGUGACAUAAACAGUUAAGACAAAUCCGAAUGGAGUCAAAAAUUCAAAUUUAUUAAAGGAUGUAUUCUUAUUUUUAAUUACUGUCUUUUACAGAUCAUACUGUAUAAAUGUACGUGUAAUGAUAAUUAUUACAAGGUUGAGUUUUAGGAUAACUCUAGAUCGAUGCCGGGUUCUUAGGAAAAUCUACGAAAAAUUCUGCUAAAGAUACAUUGUCGGAAAUAAGUCAAUGAAGCAGUCAAUAAACGUAGCAAGUUAUAGUAAUCGA